GACAUUUCGUGCUUAUGUCGCUAAACACGGUGAUCUCGCGGAUAGAUUAAACCUGUCAGCGAAGAUCUGCGAAUUGCGAGAUGGAAUCGACAAAUCGGACGCACGUGUGUAAAUUUAUGAAGAAUUAAACAACAGUAGUUGUCCGGUUCUUGUAAAUCCUGCGUGUUCUUUGGGAUUGAUUGUGACAUAACCUUUUAUCUUACUCGGCGAGCAUAGAUCGCUUCAAAAUGAUGCAACAAUAUAUGAAGGAAUUGGAGCAGGAUCCAUUUGAUCCUGAAGAAUUUGUCGAACGAUUGGCUUGGAGGACUGUCAAUGAUAAUACAAAAGAUGGAGGAAAGACAUUCUUCGAUCCGGUUAUCGUUCAUGAGACCUUUUUACAGGCAAUCAAAGAUUUGCAAGUAUUACAGGAACGUCAGCAAAAGAAAUGCGAUAAACUGGAGGUUGCAUUGAAAGAAGAGGAAGCUCGACAUGCGCUUGAAAUACUAGGAUUGCAGGAGAGAAAUAGACAUUCUAUUGAGUUGUUUCAUCAGUUAGAUGAGAGAAUAAAUCUGGUGGCUACUAAAGUCUUACACUUGGGAGAUCAGUUGGAAAGUGUCAAUACACCAAGGGCGAGAGCAGUGGAGGCUCAAAAAUUAAUGAGACACUUUUCGGAAUUUUUAAGCCCAGGUCCAUUGACGGAUCCAAUUUUCACUGAUAAAUCUUUGUUGAACGAUGCCGCAGAUGUGAUACAGAAACUUUAUCUCAUAGCUCAGGAACUUCCCUCUGAAAAAUUCGAACACGCUAAAAAGAAGAUUAGCAUUAAAUACGACGAGAUAGAACGAAAUCUGAUUGAGGAAUUUGUAAGAGCACAUAAUAGGGAAGAUGCGCCGCGUAUGAAGGAACUGGCGAGUACUUUAGCUCAUUUCAAAGGUUACUCUCAAUGCAUCGACGCGUUCAUAGAACAAAGUCAAAUGGGUUCCUUCGGUGGAAAGGAUGUUUUUCAAGAUGUCAUACCUAUGUGUACAAAGUACCAAAAACUUAUGCAACAGGUCUUUUCCAAUCCUGAACAAGUGAUGGCCAAAUUCGUCUUGAACAUUUACCAUCUGCGUCUUCAAAAGUAUGCAGUGGCUAAAUUAGCUGAUAAAAAUGACUCUGACAAAUAUCUCAGGAACUUGUACGAUCUGUAUACAAGAACAGUCAAGCUGUCCAAUGAUCUCAGAGUCUUCAAUAUGGGCGCCGAUGAUACUUACCUUGCUAAACUCACUAGAAACAUCUUUCAAAAAUAUUUGGAUACUUAUAUUACUAUUGAAACAAAAGCGUUUCGCGAAAAGUCAGCGGCACUGCUUAUCGAAUAUUACGAAUCUAAGAAUCAUCAGAAAAAACAAUUGCAGACGGGUGGAUUCCAAGAACUGCGUCGAGACUUGCAGGCUGUAUUAGGUGCAAGAACAAAUAUAAAUAUUGCUCAAAUAGAGGACUAUGGAGGUGAAACGUUUCUAUCAGAAGAGCUGGCAAUUGCGAUAUUACAGAGAAGCAAACUCGCAUUUCAAAGAUGCCAAUUACUUUCGCAGCCUAUUGAUAUUCCUGGAAAUGCACUCCAGAUCUUUGAGAUAUUAUUACAAUAUUUAAUAAGCGAACACGUAGAUUAUGCACUGGAAUUAGGUUUACAAAGCGUUCCCAUACCAGAGAGCAGAACUCAACCAGAGAUUUAUUUCUUUAACGUUGUGCAUCAGUGCAAUGCGAUCGUUCGGCUCUUGGAGGAACAGUUCAACGACAGUGUAUUGUCUCUUGUCUUAUCAACGCCUAAACACGCUGAGUGUUUGUUGAAGAAAAAAGCGAUAUUAGAGCAGAUCGAUGUCAAGUUGGACAUCGGCUUGGACAGAAGCAUAAACGCUAUUAUAGGUUGGGUGAAGGUGUAUCUACAAAGCGAACAGAAAAAAACUGAUUUCAAGCCGGAAACUGAUGUAGAUACCGUGAAUACUCCCGCCUGUUUAGUGGUGGUUCAGUAUGUGAGUGGAAUGAUACGACUGAUACGAAACACUUUGGACGGCAGGCACUUGGACACCGCUCUCAAGGAACUAGGGAUCAGAUUCCACAAAGUCAUUUAUGAUCAUUUACAACAAUUUCAAUUUAAUUCCGCCGGGGCUAUGUGCGCGAUAUGCGACAUGAACGAAUAUCGCAAGUGCAUUAAAGAGCUUGAAGUUGAAUUUGUUACAAAUCUUUUUGAUACUCUACAUGCUUUGUGUAAUUUGCUAUUGGUCAAGCCAGAAAAUCUGAAACAAGUCUGCACAGGAGAGCAACUGAUGAUACUUGAUCGCACCGUUCUACUUAACUUUAUUCAAUUGAGAACUGAUUACAAAACACAGAAGUUAGCCAAUUGUUUAAAAGGCUUGGCAACAUGAUGACAUUCUACUUACAUAAUAAAAAAUACUUUGUUCUCAGCCUAA